AUGUAUUUGUUUUAUACUGAUAAGAUAGCCAUUGUAUUUGAUCCAUGUGAUUAUUUAGCUGUUUAUAAAGCUUUAAGUUUUAAAUUGGAAAAUGGUAAAGUAUAUCAAAGGAAUUUUUUUAACAAAUUAGAAUGUAAUACGAAAAAAAGAACUUUAAUUAAAUGUUUUAUCACUCAUCAUCAUUAUGAUCAUUCUGGUGGAAAUGAACCACUAAAAAAACUUUCACCUGAAACCGUUUUUAUUAACCAUAACAAUUCGAUAGAUAAUCUUUCUAAAAUUAUAAUUGAAUACAACAAUCAACACUUAUUAACGGUUUUAGCAAUUAAAACACCUUGUCAUACACUUGAUUCUAUAAGUUACUAUUUAACUAAUUUAAAUGGUGAAAAAUUUUUAGUAACAGGUGAUUUUAUUUUUAAAGUUGGCUGUGGUAAGUUCUUUGAAGGUAAAGCAGUUGAUUUUAUUUCGAGUGUCAACUUACUUAAAAAACAUGUUGAUGAUGACACAAUUAUGUUAUAUGGCCAUGAAUAUACAAAAUCCAAUUUUGAGUUUACAAAAACACAAUGUAAUUACAGUGAAAUUGACACAAAGUUAAUAUUAGAAAAUAGUUUUUUGACAUUUAAAGAUGAAUUACGCUUAAAUCCAUUUUUAUUGCCUAAAACUUUAUCUGAUCCUGUCAUAUUACAAAACUUGAGAGAUCAAAAGAAUAAUUUUAAAUAA